AUGGCCACCACGACGAGCUACGACAACGCCGACGUCCGGCACAGGGCCCUCGGCGUGCACGGCGCGUCGCGCAAGAUCGGCAAGCCGGCGCCGGCGCCGUCGUCGCAGGCGCAGCAGCAGAACCGGAAGCCGGUCAUCAUCUACAUGGUGUCCCCCAAGGUGAUCCACGUGGAGGCCCACGAGUUCAUGUCGCUCGUGCAGCGGCUCACCGGCCCGGAGGUCGCCGGGGAGGACGGGCGGGAGAGGGCGUCCACGUCGUCGUCCUCCCCGAGGACCGCGGCGGACAGGGCCGGGAGGGCGGCGCAGCCGGUGCGCGUCAAGGCCCGCGCCCUCAACCGGCCCGGCCCCGCGGUGUCCGUCUCGGUGACGGCCACGAGGCAGCAGCAGCAGCAGCAGAACGUGCCGCCGUCGUGGGCGGGGCCGUCGCCGUCGCCGACGACGGGGUUCCUGUUCCACGACCUCAGCCCGCUCCGCGGCGGGGCGCUCAAGGGCGAGGCGCCCAUGGUCUCCCCGUGGCUGCACCAGACCAGCGACCAUUUCUUGAGCCCCGGCGGCGCGUCGGCGCUCGGCUCGCCGUCCGGCUUCCUCGACAUCUUCGGGCCGCUCUCGUCCCAGCAGCAAUGA